AUGAUAGAAACACAACACCGAAAUUACCGAGCAGGAGCAGCAGCGCCCUGCCUCCCUGACCAGCCCUCGCACCCGCGGCGGGAUCGCUGUGCACACCGGCACUCUGAGGGUGUUUCAUAUUGCACCAAUGCCAUCAGAUGGCACCAAACCCGCCCCAACUGCGGGGCGAGCGCAUCUGAGCGUCACCGAGGGAGGCUGGGGAGGAGCAGCUCAUCCAUCCCUGCCCGUCGCUGGCCUUGUCCCGCCCCUUCCCCCGGAUGCAGCCCCGGGCGGGCCGCGAUGGCGCUGCCCACACCGCGCUACGAGCACCUGGGCCCGCGGGGGCCCUUUGGGGACGUGUACGAGCCGGCCGAGGACACCUUCCUGCUGCUCGAUGCGCUGGAGCGGGACGCCAGCAGCCUGCGGGAGGCUCGAGUCGAGAUCUGCCUUGARAUAGGAUCUGGAUCUGGUGUGGUUUCAGCAUUUCUGGCUUCCUCCAUCCUUGGACCGAGUGCAGUGUACAUAUGUACAGAUAUCAACCCCAUGGCAGCUUACUGUACCCAGGAGACAGCUCUGCUUAACAAUGUUCACCUGCAGCCUGUCAUUACUGACUUGGUCAAAGGAUUGUCUCCAAGAUUAAAUGGGAAGGUUGAUCUACUGCUGUUUAACCCGCCAUAUGUGGUAACACCUUCUGAAGAGGUGAAAAGCCGUGGAAUAGAGGCAUCCUGGGCUGGUGGCAAACAGGGCAGAGAAGUAAUGGAUAGAGUUUUCCCAUUGGUACCAGACCUGCUUUCACCGGGAGGAUUAUUCUACUUGGUCACAAUUAAAGAAAAUAAUCCAGAUGAAAUUCUGGAAACAAUGAAGAAAAGUGGCUUAAAAGGCACACGGGUACUAUCCAGGCAARCGGGACCAGAGAUGCUGACUAUCCUCAGAUUUAAGAAGUCUUGAUAAAUUCUCUUCACCUUCCAGGAUCAGUGUUCUCAGCAUGGAUCAUUUUGGCCAUGGUUAAGGAGCAGCGUUUUCCAUGCUCUUCUGACCUUCAAAGAAGAAGACAGACCCUGGUUAAAAUACACAGAUGGUGAGAAUUCACCACAAAAGCAUUUGAAGGAAGUUUGGAUCAAUGCACAGAUGGAAAUAYAGUGGCACUUUAUACAGUGCAAAAUAUGAAGACAGAGUUAGGAGUUGUUUCACUUGUUCCCACAUACCUGUCCAAUAUAUUUUGCUGCUGUACUACUCAGGGUACUGAACUUCUCAUCUCUUCCAACAUAUGAAGAUGUUCCAGAAGCAGAUAAAUAAGGAGGAUUCUCCAAUUCUUCAAUACACUGUAAUGAGUACAACAGUUCUGCARCUCAUUCAACACAUUCCUUGAGGCRUCUCAAGGAAUGAUGGGGAAAUUUAUUUUAGAAAUAGUACAUAUUUAURUCACCACCAGGAUUUUUUGUGGAAUGUAAUUUUGCAAAUAGAAAUUGAAUUUUAGUUCUUUUCACUUUUUUUUCUCCAUUUUACAGAAACAUUAAUAUAGUUUUUCUGGUAUACAGUGGAGGGUUUUCUGGGGUUCUCGUUGUUUUGUCUUUGGAUAGCUUUGCAACAUAGAAAGCUUAAAUCACUUGGCUUCAAUUCCCAGCUUACUUUUCACCCAAAUAAAAACCAGACAAGCUUGGAAAAACUUAGGGGAAAAAUGGAAGAGCAUUAAAAAAAAAUCCAUCAUGGUUCUGUAGAGACUGACUUGCAAGACUUUUCUCUGUAAUGCUCCUAUAAAUGUUACUUGGAUAUUUGUAGGAAUUUAUKUAAUUUUUGCAGCGCUUUAUCACAGGAGUGUACUGGGCACCAUGUAGUCUUCCUAUCAUUUGAAAUUAGCAGAGCUUCUUACUCAAAAAAUUGGCCAUUUGAAGUUGAAGGAUAAUUAGAUGUGGUUAAGCUAAACAAUCACAGAUGGUCCUGAGGGUUUAAAAAAACCUCUUUUCCCCUUUCUCUGGCUCCUGGCUUCCCUCAUAAUGCAAUGAACAAAUUGCAGAUUUUUUUUGGCUUUUUGAAAGAUGCUUCUACAAGUGAGGUUUUGAUUAUACAAGAAGCAAUACAGCAGASACGAGGGAUGCACAGCAGGAUUUUAAACUUACUCAGUGCUUCUGUAGGACUAAUUCAACAUGCAUCAUUUUAGAAGGAAAAAUUCRCUACUCACACAACAAUCUGCACUAUAAGGGAUGAUUGUUUCUACUGCUUAUUCUCAGCAGCAUCGUAACAUAAGGACAAGUAAUUUGGAUUUUGUGGAGUCCUUUUUCAGUGUGUCCUUUAGAUUUUUUCCACUAAAUAUUUUUAAAACAUUGAAAAAGUUAGCUGAACCUUCCCAAAACUUCUGCCAGUGCAGUUUCUUCAUAAAAUUAGAAUCAAACUGAAGUCAAGCAGAAGCUUUGUUUAUAGCAAUUAUCACUUCUGCUUACAAUGCAAAUACUUACCAAAGUCUAAACUUUUUUCCUAAAGUAAUGUUUAAGAAAAAAUAAUGGAACAACUUUCUGAAGUGUUGCAUUUGGAUUUCUUCUUUCUAUCAAAAAUUGUGUAUUGGAUCAAGUACAUGAUGAUGCAGAGAAUGACACUGAUGUUUGUGAGAAACUGAAAAAGCCUGGCAAAAAUUCAAACCCAGCCUAAAUGGAAAAUAUUUAGGGAAGAAAACUUAAGUGUAACUGCACAGACAGCAGGGCUCCACUUGAGCCAAAACACUUCCCACAGAUUGUACAGAUGAGCAUCCACAGCCAGCUUAGAGAGAAAAAUUGGUUAUUCAAAGAAGUUAGUCUCUUUUUGACUCUUAAUUACCACUUUGAGACAUCCUAUUUUUAUGAAAUUAUUAAGAUGAAAAUGAGAUAUUUUAGAUCUCUAAAUGGUAAUUUAGAUUUUUAAUUUUUUUUUAAAUCAGUCAAUGAUUUGAGACACUGCAUUCUAGCUUUGCU